AUGAAGUUCAACAAGGCUGCGUCGAGAUCUAGACGAAAAAAUAGGAGGAAAAUAAUGAGUUCACCCCUCUCAGAAAAGCUCAGGCAGAAAUACAAUGUCAGAAGUAUGCCCAUCAGAAAGGAUGAUAAAGUUGCCGUUGUUUGUGGACACGACAAGGGACAGAAGACAGGAAAGACUCAAGUCUACAGAAAGAAAUUCGUAGUCUACAUAGAACGAAUUCAGCGUGAGAAAGCAAACGGUGCAACUGUCAGUGUUGGUAUCCAUCCUUCAAAGGAUCGCAAGAAGAUUCUGGAAAGAAAAGCCAUGAACAGAGCCAAGGCUCUGACAGAUAAGGGCAAGUACACAGAGGAAACAAUGGAAAGCUGA